CGUUCAGUAGAGUUGUCGCUUUAGUAGUAAAGAGAACGCUUAUAUUGGAACCUCAAUUUUUUUUUAAAUCAACUAUUCGUAAAGAUGGAGAGUAUUUCAAUUUCAAGACUUGACUUAAUCUUGAAGCAGUUUAUUAGAAUUGACCAGUAUAAAUGGUACUCUAGGCUUUUAAAGGAAUAUGCAAUGGAAGCAUUUACAGUAAAUGGAAUACCAGCACCAAUAUAUGUAGCGAAGAGAAUGGCAUAUUCCCAGGAAAAUGACAAUUUCGGUAUGGUUGAAAUGAAGGACUUGUUGGUGCCACUGUGUAACACCGCCUAUCUUCUUCAAUGUCAGACACAAGACAAUGCUGUCAUGAAAGAAAAGAAACCAGACUUUGACGUUACAUUUGAUUCUAGUAUUUGUCAAGAUGUUAUAAAAAUGGAGAAAGAAGUGAGUCGUAAAAUAAGGAGUCAUAUCAUAUGUCUGGAGGGACUCAGGGAUUUACAGAAAGAUUGUUGGUACUGGGAAAAACGCCUGAAACACAGGAACAAUAGAUUGGACACUUUCUUGGAGAAAAACAUAGAUGAAGGACAAGCUGUUUCCAGAAACCUUAAAACCAAAUAUGAUAAUCUAGCAUUAAAACAGAGUGAGGCAGCAACACGUUACAGAGCUAUACUGGUUUGCUUCCAAGAAAAAAUGGAGGAUGAGAAGAAACUCAGGACAGUUAUUUUGCAGAAAGUGGCUGCCAUCCGAGAAAAGUUGUCAUCUUUCAUGAAAGAAAGCUUAAUCCAUGCCUACAGUGACAUGAUACAGGCUGUAUACAUGGCAAAGGAACAAGACGGAUUUAACUUGGUUGAUCAACAGCUAACAGCAGUAAACAUUGAUGGCAUCGUUGAGAAGAUCUAUGAAAUAACAUCAGCCACCUACAACACACCAGUACCUGAGGAUUUUAUCCAAGCCACUGGACCGGACGAAAAGUUGGCCGAGAUAUACUAUAAGGAGUGUAAUUAUAAAGUACUGGGAAUGGAGAAGGGAACAUAUUUUAGAAAAUUAAAGACUGAGAAAAGAUCUUUGUUUGAAAAAAAGGAGAGUUGUAAAGAAGGCUGUUUCUUCCCCAUAAAUGGUGGAAUUCGAUCAAAUCCAGUUACACGUGAUGAAAAAUGCAGAGGAGUUAUCAACAUCAAAGCAGGUUUGUUAAGUGUUUACUAUCAGGAUGGGAUGCUCCAACCGACUGAUUUUGAAUAUAUCCCGAACAAAAACGAAUUGUUAAAUCAAUUUUCAAAAUAAACAUUUUUUUUAAAACUGAGAAUGAAUUGUUCUGAUCACACAAAUUCCCUAUUAUACUAGUAUCUUGAUUCUUCAUACAAAAGAAUACACGAUUAAAAACCAAAAUCUUUUUUUAGUCAAAAUGCAGAACCAAGAGUUUGGAAACGUAUGUUUUCUUUCUUUUAGAUAAAUUGCCAAAUUAUAAAUCAUGUUAGAUUAAAAAGAUUUUGUAAAUAAAUGAGGAGAUGUGGCAUGAUUGCAAAUAUUACAACUCUUAUUACUUUAUGCUUGUCAGUAAAUGAAUAAAUUUUAGUUUAUAGUAUGUAUCUUAUGUUUUAUUUUAUUACAACAGGUUACCAAGUAAAAUUAAAGUUGUCUUUAAUGGAAGGAAAUGUUGGCUUUGGGUGGGUCAGACAAAAUGCGUUCUUUAGAAGGAAGACAUGGGGGUUUUAUUUCCUUACACCAGAAGAUGCAACAACAACAUCAACAAAAGGUGUGCCAUCAGCUUUUCCAACAAUUGAGGUAACCGAUUGUUCGGACGAUUAUAGAGGACAGGGAGAUAAUUCAUGUGUUGUAGCUCAUGAAAACAAGCACGAAAACACAGAAAAGAAAGAACAAGAAGAUGCAGUUAUAGUGCCAAUCAUCCAGAAAAUUAUUGCUGAAUGCAUGCACGAGAUUACAGUUGAAGAAAAAAUAUUGGAAGUUUGAAUUUG